AUGGCAGAUGCCUCUCAAGAAGAGCGGCGUGGUCGCAUUGAAGUGCCCACAACUGGCAAUACGCCGGUUCACCCGGCUCACUUUGCAGCGUCCACACACCGUGCUUCGGCAGCUCCCGAUAUCGGUAAGCCUGUUGAGGCUCAGGCGAGCAUCGUCAACAGUGGCAACAAAAGCGACACGGUCAAACAGAUGGCAAGUCCGCUUCCGGACGAGAGCAUUCUAAAGACCACGAAGGGUACUGUUGAUGCAAACGACAGUCUCCUGGGACCAUCGCGAUCCCUCCACCUUCAAGACAUCGACAGCUUCAUCGCACACUCGGGGCUUGCGGACACUCUCGACCUGCUUCCAGAGCCAAGCACAUAUAUCUUCGCUGUCUCGGACAACAAGGCAUACUUUGAAGACAGAAAGCUGCUUUUUCUCGGCGAGACGGCGAACUUUCAGAGCUGGGCGCGACUCAAGUCGUCUCCGCUGAAGCCAGACGAUAUUGAGUACGUCCACUUCAGCUUCCUCUCAAACAGAUCCACGGCGGCGGCGUACCUUGAUCGUCUGCCGGUGAACAUGUAUCCGUUCAGCAUUCUGGCGGAGAAGGGCAAUAGCGAAGGCAAAGAGCAGCUGACUGUGCUUGUGCGAUAUAUAUUUAGGGAGGCUGCGGGGUUCCAAGGACCGUUUGACAUGGAAUCGAAGCAGACGUUGAGGAGCGCGCUUGUUGUGAUUCAAGAUGCCGUCAAGAAAGCUAGAGGUGUAGAGAAGCUGCUCGACAUCCAUCCGCCCGCCAAGCUCCCUGAAGGCCUAUCAUACGUCAACAGCCCUACUGUCAUAUCUGACACUAUGACAAUCGACGACUCGUCCGAUGCUGAGGUCAUGGUCUACAAGCCCUCCGCCCCGCCGUCAGCACGCUCAAUCUUCUCGGUCCCCGCCAUCACCAAACCCAGAAAACAAACCAGGCCGGCAAAGACACACCCAAACCGCAUCACCAAGCCCACGACCACGAAGAACGCACACGCGGGAACGCGUAAGGGCAGAUCAACGACCCCAAGCAAGGCCCUCUACGACGCGUACUACAACGAGCUCGAGUACAAGCCUCCACCCACAAGGACAGCACCCACGGAGCGACACAAGACCAGACCCACGACCCCAAGCUCCACUGACAACGACCCCGUUUUGUUCUACGACGAGCCCGAGCCCGAGCCCUUCCCACCCCUACGCGUCAAAAGAAAACCAGAGCCUGUGCAGAAGCGUGUGCUGAAGCCUGAAUCCAGACCCAACCCCAACCCAACGCCGAAGCAAACCCCAACCCCAGCCCCAGCCCCAGCAACCCACACCACCACCCCCGCCAAACGCCCAGCGCCCUCCCCCAUCUCCUCCCCGCCAAGCCCCUACACUGCACUCUCAUCGCUCGAGCACGAGCGCGCCGCGAUCGAGGCCGAGAAAGCGGAGAUCGCGCGGCGACAGCUUGAAAGGCGGCAGGGCGAGGCGGAGGAUCUGGAGCGGUUGAGGCGGUUGGAGGAGCGUGGGGGGGUGGUGGAUGGGGAGGAGGGGAGGUUGUUGGAGGGGAGGUCGGCGGGGUGGUUGUUGGCUGUUCAGAGGAAGCGGAGGGGGUGAGGGGGGUGCGUGGGGUGGUGUUAGUUGGGAGGAGAUAUGCUUUGAAGGUGUUUCUGGGGACUGGGGGUGUCAUUGGUUCGGUGCUUGGUGUCUUCUUGUGGAAGUGUUAUGGCGGAGGUGUGGCGUUUAGUGCUUUACUCGAGCUUUUGUCAUCUUUGGCGAUACCGAACCACGAGACUGCGUAGUUGAGACUGUGUAUUUUAUUGAUUAGAUGCAUGUCGGUAGACGACGGCGGAUUGUUU